AUGAUGAAGAAAGACAAGAAUUCCUUCAACGAGAGCCUGACUGAGUGGAAGUUCUUCGUCUACAACUCGACCAUCAGGGAGUUCCUGGGGUGCACCACCAAGAGCUGGGGUUUGAGCUUGCUCCUCUACCUAAUCUCCUAUGGGUUCCUGGCCGAACUCUUCAUGUUCACAAUGUGGGUUAUGCUUCAGACUUUGAAUGAUGAGGUUCCAAAAUAUCAUGACCAGAUUCCUAGUCCAGCAUAUGAUUUAGAGGAAGAGAAGAAUCUCACAAUCUGUCCUGAUGGAGUGCUUUUGAAUAGAAGGGCCCAGAUUAUCAUAUAUUUUAGUUUCUUACUUGAAGAAUGCAGUAGUAUGAAAGAUCCUGAUUUUGGCUAUUCCAAAGGAAAACCUUGUAUUCUUGUGAAAAUGAACAGAACAAUUGGAUUAAAGCCUGAAGGAGAACCAAAGAUAAUGUGUGUUUGUAAGGAUGGAAAUAUGGCAGUUUUAUCAACUUAUCCUCACCAUACAAUUGUAGACUUAAAAUAUUUUCCAUAUUAUGGUGAAAAAAAACUGCAUGUGGGCUAUUUACAGCCAGUAGUUGCUGUGCAGCCAGACUUUAGCUCUAACAGUACCAAGAAAGAGACGACAGUUGAGUGCAACACUGAUGGGUCACCCAACCUAAAAAGCCAAGAUGAUCGCGACAAGUUUUAG